AGGUAAGAAAACGCAGGAUCACAACUUCUAGGUCUUCGUCCUCGCCACGCAACCCUCCCAUCUGCAUUUACAUGUCAAAGUAGCGCCUGCCUUGUCAAACCCUUGGCCAAUCCGAAACCCUAGCACCGUCGUAGUAAUCACCACGACUCCGGCUCACAAUUUUCAAGCGAAGCCAUGGAAGCAACUGAAGCCAUCAGCAAGCCGAUCUCCUUGAUUGCACCGUGGUUUACCGGGUUGUUGAUUUGAGGAUUGAGGAAGGAUUUGAAAAAUAUCUUCGAUGGCUCAUCUUCUGAGAAUGAUGGGAGCUAGAGUUCUAUCUUAAUUUUGAAUUCGAACUUUUGGAUUCAUACUUGCUGAUAGAUAUCGGUCUAGCAGACGGAAAUGGAGACAAAGAUCGCAAAGGUAUUGGAUAGUGGUCCAAGUGUUAAGCUCGAUUCAAAGAGAAAGCGGGCAACGCGGUAUGCUGCAAAUUUUCCUGGGGCUACCCACAGAGUAUCUCAGAGGCCGAGCUUGAAUAAGCUUGCCAAGCGAAGGAAAUUACAUGGAAGCAAAAGCAAGCUUAUGAGCCCUGGAUCUCGACGAUCCUUACUUGCAUCUUAUUCAAAUUUUUCAAGAAGCGGUGUGCCACAGCGCCUAAUGUUUUAUCAGAGUGGUGGAUGGACUGAUUUUCCUCAAGAUCUUGUUGACUUGGUUAUGAAAGAUCUACAGGUCAAGAAGGAAACUGUGAACAUCAAAUCACAUGGUGAACAUUAUUUGCUAGAUUUUUUGCAUAUGUUCCGAUUGAACUUGAAAACUGGUCUAAAGCAACAUAUUGCUUGGAUUGAUGAAGCUGGUAGUUGUUUCUUUCCAGAAAUUUACGAUGAGGAUGACGAUGAACCAAAUUGGUACUGCUCACCUCAAGGUGGCAAAGAUUUGGAACCCUGGGCUGAAGAGCAUUGUGGGUCACGUGAAAUAAGACUGCACCUGGAAAUUGAAAUAAAUGGUAUGGGUCAAUCUGGGUUGAAUGAAUGUAGUGGGGAGUCGAAUGGCUUUGUAAAGAAAAUUCAGGUUGAUCAAAUUCCUGCCAGCCAUGGUGAUGGUACGGAAGUUGAGAAUAGUUGCAACAGGAAACAUGGUCUAAACGUUGAUGAGUAUUCUGAAGACAAUGAAUCAAUGACAAAGAAUUUAGCUAGAGCAACUGAGAUUGAAAAGGAGAAGUUGGAUCGGGAUACUGUUCAUAAGAUAUUCCUUAAAGGAAUGAGCAGCUUUGAUGUUGUAGAAGUACUUGAUAUAUACCAGUGCUCAAGUACUCUGAUGCAAGCUCGUUUGGAACUUUUUCAGAAGCAGGUAGAAAUUACAAAAAUGUUUCGCGGUGAUGCAAAUAUACGAUAUGCUUGGCUUGCUUCUUCUAAAGGAGAGCUUUCAACUAUAAUGAUGUAUGGGCUUGGUCAUUCUGGACUAGCCACGAACAAGUCCAUAUAUGGCACUGGUGUUCAUCUCACAGAAGCGAGCUUCUCUAACACCUGUGCAAAUUCUUGUGAUGUUGACGAAAAUGGGAUACGACACAUGUUAUUCUGUCGUGUCAUAAUGGGAAAUAUGGAGUUACUUCACCCUGGAAGUACACAAUUCCAUCCCAGUAGCAAAGACUUUGAUAGUGGAGUGGAUGGUCUUGAGGAUCCAAAACAUUAUAUUGUCUGGAAUAUGAACAUGAAUACACACAUAUAUCCAGAAUUUGUUGUUAGUUUCAAGAUCAUAUCCAAUGCUGAAGGGCAUCUGAUUGGAACUGAGAAUAAACUUGGUGCAUCCGGGGUUGCAACAUCCUGCCAAGGACCACAGGGCUCGUCUGCAGUUGAUACAGGGAGCGAGACUCAGCCACUUUCUGAUUCUGGGAAAUCUCAUGGAAACAAUAUUCAAGUGGUUUCAAAGCCUGGGGGAUUUCAGGGGGAAAGCACUACUACUGGUUCUGCUCCUCAAAGAGCCCCUAAAUCGCCUUGGAUGCCUUUCCCCAUGUUAUUUUCUGCUAUUGAAAAUAAAGUUCCUCCUGAAGUUAUGAAACAAGUUAAUGUUCAUUACGACUUAUUCAGGGUAAAAAAGAUAACUCGUGAUGAAUUUGUGAAGAAGUUGAGGUUGGUUGUUGGAGAUACUUUGUUGAGGUCUACGAUUACAGAACUUCAAUGUAAGAUGCCUUAUAAAAGCAAUGAGUAAAUUCGAAGUUCCAAAGACAGGUUUACGCUGCCUCUAGUAGCGUGGUCCUGCCUCUCGGAGCCUGUCCAUAAAAGUUUCAGAUAUCUGAAGACAAAGAUCGUUUGAAGCUUGCCUGGUACUAAUGUGUCGACAUGAAGUAAAUGUUAUCAUGGACCUAUUUAAGGUUUGUUAUUCAGGAAUAUGGGAAUUCUUAGCUUUUAUUUUUUGGCGAAAUUUUAUCUAAACAUUUUACAAUUACGUUGGUGUAGUGCUUAAAGUUUAUGCUUUGUGUAGAACCCUAGAUUUGAUGGUUUUAAAGUGGAUUUCUGCUGUCUACCA